UUAUACAUACAUCCCAGAGCUCCAAAUAAAUCACUUCCCCAAAAUUAGAAACUAUUAAUGCUUUGUUUGUUUAAUCCCAAAUAAUAUUUGCAGUUUAACUUAUCUAUUAAUGACUUAAGAUGUAAACAUAGUAAGAAGAAUUUACCACUCUAACCUAGGCUCAUGAUUCUAAUAAAAUAUUUUUGUGUUUAUAUUUUUUAUUUUAAUUAAAUGGGGCAAUUUAUAAAGUAUUCGCGCUAAUUACUACUGUCAUCAGUACCCUCACAAAAAGGCCACUGAAGCAAUCUGCAAAAAUCCUAAAUAUUUUAAUAAAAUGCAUGUUAGAAUCUCCUACUGCAUUCGUGAAUAUGAAAAAGAAGUAAAACCAUAUUUGGCUGUGUUUUAUGCAUGGAACUUUAGAGCCUAUUUGAUGCAAGAUGAUAGAAAAGAAGGUGUGUCCUUAAAGAAAGAACUGAUGUGCUCGAGUUAAAAAGGAGAUUUGAUGUAAUGGUUUGAUAUUAGAUUUGAUAAAAAUGACUAGAUUUGGAGAAAUGGUAGAGACAUCAGAAUGUCUGUGUAGUUGGAUAAGACAGUUCAAUUGGUUUGGAAGAGGCAUAUGUUAUGGAAUUCUAUUUCUAUGAAUGAGAAAGAUAGGGAAGGUUUUGUACUGAACCAUGUUUGAUAGAAAGAUGUUGACUUUAAGGUAGGGAAGAAGAAGUUACUGUGACUGGUUGAAUACCAUGGUUUCUGGCUACUGUAACAUUUACCAGAUCAAUUAGGUUAAGGUUACGAAAGUAAAUAUGGCAUAUAUGAGGGAUUGUUCAUACUAGUAAUCAUAAUAAUUAACUUUACAAUGCUGAAAUGGCUAGUGGCUUUUGGCUCUUCUGAAAAUAUUUUAAAGUAUAUUUAAAUGGAAAGUGACCCUAUGCAAUUCAACUUGCUAGUAUUUUGUACAAUCUUAUCAUUUUUUGGUAAGACGACCAACUGUCCUCACUCUCUUUGGGCAUGGGUAUGGUGUCAUAUUGAUCUUGUUUGAAUUCUCUACUCUUAUCCUUAUGUUGAUGUUUUGACUAAUGAGUUUCCAUCACUUUAUGAAGCCAUUCAUAGAUUUAGUUAAGCUAUAAUUGAUACUUGUGUGGUAGUUAUUUUAUAAAACUUGGGGUUCUCCCACAAUGCACACAAGUGUUGGUCAAGACAUAACCACAUGCUGAUAAGUGUUUGUAUUUAAAACAUAGCAACAAAAACCAGACAGUAUCGAUCUGGUCUGGUGGCCAGUUUAUGAGGAAAAAGAAUAACCAUAAAAUUAUAUGGAUAGCAAAUCACCGAGCAAGAAGGAGUCUACUGAUCAGGUGGCACGCGAGUCGCUUAUUGCUAUUUCCAACACUUCACCAGAUAAGAUUCUGGAUUCAAAUUCUGUGUCCGAGAGCAAGAAAUCAGAUGGGGGUGUGUUGCCAAACUGUGAUCAGGAUGAACAGUUUAGGUCUGAACUGAUUUCAAUUUCAUAUUCUGAAUCACCUGAUGUCAAGAUUGGAUCAAUUUCAAUGGGAGUGUAGGCUACAACUAUAAUUGUCCCUAGUAAUUAAUGUGUAACUCUUGGAUUUUAAUUUGGUUGAACUUUGUCUAUGUCAGUUUUGCGACUAAAUUGGUUGUGUACUUUAUCUGCUAUCUUGCAACCAUAUGUAAAUACUUUCAUAGGCCACAUGUUUGUGUCGAAUGUUGCAAUGACUGUGAUAACUGUGUUGUCUCAGCAGUACUGUGUUAGUUCAUGUGAGAUACUGAAAAUAAAAGUAAAACUUGUACCAUGUUUUCAUAUGUUAAAAACACUGAAAUCUUUGGCUCA